AUGGAAGAGACUCAAUCUCAAGAUCGCAUUGGUUCGGGUUUUAUUUUUCGCAAAGAGGGUUACAUUCUUACGAACCAUCAUGUUAUUUAUGAUGCGAGAGAUAUCACAGUAAAGUUGUUAGAUGGUAGUAGGUUUGAGGCAGAACUCGUCGGUACAGAUCAAAGCACUGAUGUCGCAGUUAUUAAGAUUGAGCGAGAUGAAGCGUUUCCUGUUAUCCCUUUGGCUGAUUCCUCAAAGGUUCGGGUAGGACAAUUUGCAAUUGCUAUCGGCAAUCCGUUUGGACUUGAUUACACCGUGACAACAGGUGUUGUGAGCGGCAAGAGUCGUUCGAUUUUCCGAGGUUUUAGUCUCGUUCGAUACCAAGACUUUAUUCAAACAGAUGCUUGGAUUGAUACCGGUAGUAGCGGAGGUCCGUUGCUGAAUAUCCGUGGUGAGGUUAUUGGUAUCAACGCAUUAAUUCGGCGUAUUGGUAAAAAUGAAAAUACACCAGCUCCGGCGAUGGCAGGCGCGGGGUUCGCUAUUCCGAUUAACCUCGUCAAGACCGUUGGAGAUCAACUCAUUGCCAAUGGACGGGUCAUUCGUGGUUUCCUCGGUGUAAAGAUGCAAGAAGUGAGAGGGGGCAUCCGCGUCAGACCUGUCGGUGGGGAUACACCGGCAUACCUCGGCGGUUUGCGACGCAAUGAUAUUGUUUUUGAAUACAAUGGUAAAAAAGUGAAAAAAACUGUCGAUCUCCAGAUGCUCGUUGCCGAAUCACAAGUAGGUGAGCGGUCUGUCAUCAGGGUUCUAAGGCAGGGACAUGAGAGAACAUUCAAUGUGACUAUUGGAGAAAUGCCACCCGAAUUGACGGGACAAUCUAUCGAAAUAGAGUCUGUAGCUUGGGAAAUGCUCGGUUUAUCAGUUCGGAAGUUGAGAACAGGCGAUUUUGAAAGAUAUACGUACCUAACCGAUGAAGAUCGCGGUGUUAUUGUUGAACGGGUUAAGGAACAGGCACCUGGAUUCAAGGCAAAGAUUCCAAACGGAGCACUUAUUAUCGCGAUGAAUGACCAGAAAAUCACGGAUGUACGGACUUUUGAGGCACUUCUUCAGACGAACCAAAAUGCCGAGGAAUUAAUCCUUAACAUUAAAAGCAGUCAUGGUACAGAGAGGAUAACUGUUAACCUCGGAAAUUAG